CUCCCAUUGGUGGGUGGCGCUGCGGGAGGGGGCGGGGCGGAGGAAGAUGGCCGCUCGCCGGAGAAGAUGUCGACUAUUUUAAGAUCCCUUUGUGCCCGUGUCGAGGUCUGGCUCCUCCAAGAUUAGCAUUUUCUUUUUGAUGAAUUGAAUCUCUUCCUUUUUUACAAAGAUGCAUGUAUCUGCUGCUCUUAGUAGAAAGCAGUAGUUGAUCAGAAACUCUCGAAACACCCCUCUUAAUAUAUUAUUUUAAAAUUUGCCUCCACGGCUCCUUUUUACAAUGGUGUAUUGCUCAGCUUUGAACUGUCAGAAUGCAACGAGCGGGGUGUAUAAGAACAGUUCUGUUACCUUCUAUGGUUUUCCUUUACAAAACAAACCUCUCUUGAAGCAAUGGAUUCACAACAUGGGUCGGGAUAUGGGAACUCCUUCUAAGCAUCAACGACUGUGUUCGAAACACUUUGAGGACAGUUCUUUCGAAAUCGAUCCCCUAAAAAUUAGGAAAAAUAGGCGCUUAUUGAAAGAGGCCGUCCCCAAAAAAUUCAUUUUGGGUGAAGAUGGAAACUGGUUAGUUGGAACACCUCGAAGUUUCUGUGGUGUAGUAAGCAAUAAAACUCGAAAACGAAUCCGGAAUCCUGAAAGUUUGAAGGUCCCGGGAGCAUUUGAUGAUGUUGCAGCCCAUGAGGGGAAGAACUUAGAAGCGUGGCAGAAAGAGCUUUACAAGAAAGUGAUAAAGGAUAAUUAUGAAUCCAUCAUUUCACUUGGUAAAGACUAUUCCGUUUCCAAAAAUUACAUGCAGGCAAGAGAAGAGCUGCAUGUGAGGGAUCGGCAGGACUCCGAUGAAAGAGAAAUUCCUAUGACUCCUAAUACAGUGGAUUAUGGGAUUGUGAUAAAAACUGAAGUACAGGAUCAUGAUGAAGGUCCAGAAAACAUGGAGCUGCACGGAUCGCUUUCAGGAGGAUCACAAGACCUGGUGUGCCAAAGUCCUGACAAGGGAGUCGCUUAUGAGAGCUACUGGAGUUCAGAAUCGGAGCAGAGGAGUCCUGUGGAAAGCAGAAUGGGUAACUUCUCACUUGGUGAAGGGGAGUCCAGUGACUUCAAAGACAUCCUUUUCUGCGAGGAAACCCAUGUAGGCGAAAGACUUUAUAUAUGUACAGAAUGUAACAAAACCUUUAAGCUGAAGAGAGGACUUCUAAAACACAAGCGAAUUCACACCAAAAGGAAUCAGAUCUCGUCAUACAUCUGUACAGACUGUGGUAAAAGCUUUGGUCGCCAUGCAGAUCUCAUUAGACAUCACAGAACUCACACUGGAGAGAGACCUUAUAAGUGUACAGAGUGUGAGAAAAGCUUCACUGAGAAACCCAGACUUACUAAUCACUUACGAACUCACAACAUAUACAUGUAACCAGUGAAGCCAAAGCUCAAUUGGAACAGAUUUCCACUCAGUCACCAACAACCCUGCCCAGAGUAGAUGGCCCUUGGGUGUUUCUCAAAUGCAGGAAAAGCUUUUGGGCGAGGCCAUUUCUACAGCAUUGCAUUGAACUGCAGCAUAAGAUGGACCCUGUUGUUUUAAGUCUGCUCACUCUUGAGCAGCAACCUAUUCUCCAUUAGCUGUCAGGUGAUUCUUGUAUGGGGAGGGAACAUAUAAAUUUACUCAAUUUUAUAUGAAAGUUUAAUUGCAAAAAAGGCCUCUUCUAAAAUAAUUACUAAUCUAACCUGGCAACAGACCAGAUUAGUGCAGCAUGUGUGGGAGGUAUUUUAGACAUAAGAAACCUUUGAUGGAUCACCCAAGAACGUGCAGAACAGCAGGAUCAUUCGCAGAUGAUUACUGGUGGGAAAUGGAGCCUUUGGGAGCUCUAAGUUGGACCUCGAGGUUGGGCCUCAUGACAUAUAAAUGGGAAAUUAGUGGUAAAGUCCAUCCAGCGCAGUCCGUGGUGCCAGCACUGAAAGGAACAUCAGAUGUAAAUCUGACCUGAGUUUAUGGAAUGGUUGAAACCUCCAUGGUGUAGAAAGCAUGAGAUGUGGACUUUGUUUCUGGAAGAGAGAACACAAAGGGUAGUGUGCUCCCUAUGAUCCCUUCUGUGCAUCAGUGAAAGACAGAAGGCAAUAUUUAUAUGUAAUUUUUUUUAAACCAAAAACCAGCCAAUGGCUCCAAGUGCAGGAAAAGUCAGCGGAUGGAUGGGAGGAGGAGGAGAACAGUGGGUCAGAGCCUGUGAAUUUUGUUAAACAUCUGUAUUAAAGACUCCAUCGUUGGAGGUUUUUAAGACCCAGGUAGACAAAGCUUUAGCUGGGAUGAUGUAGUUGCUGCUGGUCCUGCUUUGAGCAGGGGGUUGGACCAGAUGUGACCUCCUGAGGUCUCUUCUAACCCUAAUUUUCUAUGAUUCUAUGGACUGCAAAUUUUAUUUUAUUUUUUAAUCCCUUGGUUUUUGCUAUCUUUAUGUCUGUGAUACAGAUUUUCUUGCUUUGGGAGAUUAGAACAUUUCCCCCAAGUUCUUUCGGGUGUUGAUUUUUAAUCGUGCCUAAAUACAAGCAAUUUGCAGGAGCUGAAUGGAAAAAGAAAGUUUGCUCUGCUUUUACACAGUGCAGGAGCAUGUAACCAUCUGUUUUCAGUGGAUGAUAUCUGGGAACUAGCAGAAUGGGAAAGCUGUCUGGUGAGAUGCUUCUGAUUUUAAUGGCUCUAACCUAAUACCAAGGUUUAACAGUUGAAAAAAGGGAAUAUUCCUUAGCAAUUAAAAGAACUGUGUUUGUCCUGUGCACAUUGAAUAGAACAGAUUUACUCAGCCUUCCAGUAGGAGGAGUGGGAGCAAGAAGCUUUAACUGCUUUUAAAGUUGAGUGGAUAAGUUUAUGACAUGGCCUUCCCACAUAAGCAAAUUCAGUAGUGGACACAAGGAUCAUAUGUGCUCAGGAAUGCAGAUAUUUUGCAGUCGUGAACGAGCGGACAUACAGAUCCCCUUAAUGCAUUUGGACCAGGACACGGGUCAAGAAACCCUGGGAAUAGAAGGCUGAAAUCUGGCACUCCAGUGACACUCCCUGUGACUGAUCACUCAGGAGGAAUUGAGAGCAGAAUAUGAUCCAAGGAUUUUGUGCAGAGCACUGCAAGAGGGACUAAAGUAGUUCCCAGUUCUGGGAAAGAACCAGGUAAUAACAGCAGCCCAGAUCCAGAGAUUUGAUACAUCAAAUAUUGAUGGCAGGUGGAAGAUACACACACAGGACAUUCAGCAACAUGAAAAGUGAUAGCUGCUGUAGCUACAAAGCUUCGUUAAUUUAUUGAACACAUAUACGGCUUUGUGGAACAUUGCUAUGCAUGAUUGUACUUUGCAUUUUUUAGCACUUUAGAUGUUCGAGGUGCUAUACCAGUAUCAGUUGAAGAAGACCAAUUAAGCAGAAAACAUUGAAGAAGCUUGUCAGUAAAAUUAGACUCCUUUCCUGCCUGGCAGCAGAGUGACAAAGUACUAGACAAUUCCAGUGAGCUGCUAGGGAAUAUAAUGAGAGUAAAUAGCUGGAGAGGAAUCAUGAUUUUUGGAGAAGUAUUAUUAUAAUGGAACAACUUGUAUUAAUUUUUGAGCAAAAAUAGUUUACAAUCUAGAGAGGAAGCCUAAUACAAGAUGUACUUUGGGGUGGAAGUAGAUUGUUGUUAUCCUUAGCUGGAAGCAAGCCAGAAAAACAUCAAAAGCUGAGUUUUUUCAAUAUGGGACUUCAUAGGAAUUGUUUUCAUUUACUGAAAAAUAAAAGGAUGUUGAAUAUGGUCUUUCAAGACACAAAGUACAUAUUCUCUUCAGCUUGAGAGAGAGUAUAAAAAGAACCAUCCCCAUCAUUACAGCUUUCUGCUAAAUGUUUUGUAAUUUGUCAUCAUUAUCCUGAUAGUUUUUCUAAUAGAUUAUCUGAUACAUUAACAGUCUGCUGUGAUGGUGAACCAGAGUCUUUAUUUCUGAUCUGGAAAGGGUAAAGACCUUACUGGACUCCAAAUGGAAAGGAAAAUAGGGAACUUCAUUGGGCUUUUCAGAGCUAACAAAAAAGUGAAUUUGUUUUGUUUUUAGAUUCGGGGCCUAAUCCUAAUUCCUUUUGAAGUUGUGAGCAGGAUUGGGCCAAUAAUGAAUUAACCGAUCAUUUGUAUAUGGUGGCUAACCCUUUUUUAAGGCGUUGAUGUUAUAUGGUGUAAAGUAAGUCAGUAUUUCAGAUCUGAGGCUAAUCCUGGUUAUUUCUGCCAGUGUUUCUGAAGAUAUUUUUUUCUGACUACUGAUAACAUCUCACUUACACAUUUGUUCUUUUGCCCUGAGAACCAGCCUGUUCUUUCAACUUGGGAUACUGAAAACGAUGGAUUUGUGUUGAAUACUAAUAAAUAUGAGAAAUUGUUGCUAGUACCUACUGAUGAUUUGAACAAGAAUUUUGUCAAUCCUUAAUGUAGACAAGGACAGUGUUGUAGAGCAAAUCUUGUCUUCAAGUGGAAUUGGUAUGCCUGCUACCCUGUAUACUGUAUGUCGCCUUCCUGUAGGCACGUUUGUAUUUUCAGUUCAUUCUUUUAUGGUAACCUGUUAUGUUACGUUGCAACAACCUGCCACGUGUAGCUGUAAGCCACUUUGAGCCUUUUUUGGGGGAGAGGGGCUCCGAAAUCAAGUAAAUAAAUAUUUGAAGUAUAGUCUACUGUUAAGAGAUAAGAUUCGGUCAAUAAAAACAUUUAAAAUAAUGCAGUUGCCAUCACAGGUCAGCUUGCAGCAUAAGCAGAACAGAACGUGAGCAGUUGUCCUAAUCCAAGGGAGGGAUGUUUAGGGAUACAUUAGAGUAGGACUGCACUCAGUCUAAGCAGUGGAGCAAAGAUAUCAGAUAUAAAGAUACCAAAUUUAGUAAAUUUUGUCCAGUAUUUGUUAGAUGAUCACUUAAGCGCACAAAUAGGGGGCAGUUUGAGGGUAGGAGAGAGAGGACAUUGUGGGUUCAUAAUCCGGCCAUAUAUUAUCUAAUUCUGUAUCCGGGUACCAGUUCAGGGAUCACACCGUUCUGCGACUUUCCUUGUGGGGGUUUCUUUUGAGUUCUUCCUUCAGUGGCAGAAUUGAACCCACUAUGGCAGAAAUUAAACUCUAAUACUUUCAGAUGGCAUGUACAAGAAAUGUUCACAGGUAAUGAGAAUGAUAAUGUUCUUGUUUAAAGCUCGUGGGUAAACAGAAGCAUCAUAUUAUGUUUGUAUAAUUGGGGAAACCAGUUUGACCUCAAAGUAUGAAAGAGCCACCCAGAUAUUCGUCAAACAUCUGACUCUGUCAGCUAACUCUUUCAAAAAAUAGACUCUCAGAAUCAAGCCAUUGGCCAUGGUUAGCCUGAAAAUCAAAACUUUGCCUUGAUACUUCAAUUAAUUUUGCCUGGAGUAAUAGUGAAGCAAACACAUUAUAGAAUUUAAAAAACGUAGCAUUUAAUUGCCCAUGUUUUCUGCUAAGCAAGCAGAGUAGGGUCUGGAAAUAACAUAAAAGAUUAAAAAAAAUAUAUAUUUAUUCUUCUUUUGCAGCCAUAAAUAAACACUUCCUGUCACUCUGGUCACCUUGCUUUGUGAUGAAGGUCCUAUCUGAGAUUUCAUGAUUAAUGUUGGCAAAUGACGAUGUCUGUCUAAAGGAUAUGAUAAUAUGUAGAAAUGUAUCUGUUGUGACUGAUUUCUACAGGCAGAGAUGAUCUUUUUGUGUUUGAACAGUGCGUUGUACAUCGUGGGUGCUACUGAUAUACAAAUAAAUAUUAAAGUGGACUUCGCCAGCUGAUGUCUCGUAGCAGCACUUUCCAGAAAGAGGGAUCAUCCUUCACGUUCUACUUAACUCUUGAAGUAGCUUCUUAGUAAAGCAGUCAGAUCAGGAACCUCUCUUACAGCUAGUUCCACUGGCUGGCUGCAUCUUGUAUGUUUGUAUCUGAUACCUCAAGGUUUUCAUAGGACAGCUGCUUGCCAGGUAAGCCUAUUUUACACCUUCCUUUUUGUUACUGCUGGAGAGAAGAAAGGGGAUUAAGGUACUGUUCUGAAGAUCCAGGUUGGGUUUUUGCUCCAAAACAUUGCAAAUCACAUGUUUAGUCUGUGGCCUCUCUACAAAAUGGGGCAGUGCUUUCCUACUACAAAUGGAUGUUGAGGACGUAUGCAUUAGCUUAUAAGUUUUUGUAUACUCUGGCAACAAGGGCCCUAUAGGUACCUUAGAUGGAAAGAUAGCUCCGGCCCAACUUUUAGUUCUUUAUACAUUCCUUCCUUGUCUUCUGAGUCUGGACGCUGCCUAGUCGCACUGGAGGCACUGUAGUGACUUCAUUCUACCCUUCGCCAUAUUCAGAGGGGUAGAUAAUGUUCAUUUUUUAAAGAAGGACUUAAGCAGACCCUGAGCUGAUUUUCUGUUUUAUGAUACAAGGGGCUUAUUUGAAGUAGAAUCGGAGAUGAAACAUUUAAACAGGUGUUGUAGGCAUCAUGUUGUUUUGAUUUAUGAGAUUGGAGCAUCUGCUUUUCCAGUCUUUUUUUCCCUUUCUGCCUACUGACAUGAUUUUAAAUUUGUGGGAGAAUUUAAUACUGAUGAAGGUACCACACUUAUAGCCCUGACUGCUGGUCGUCUUUGUUUGUUUAUAGAGGCAACACGUUGUGACCUGCCACAGUGCAGGUUUUCUUACAAAGCACUACUAACAGGCUUUAACCCUCACCUGGAAGUCUGAUUUGUUGAGAAAAGAAGACAGUCCAUUCCCCGUGCCCAUUGAAUCCCUUGCCCAUCCACUGAGACGGCCAAGAAGGUUGUGCGUUGGUGACUUUUUUGAUGUGGGGAGUUGAUACUUAGACGCUGGAAAGUUUACAAAGUUCGUGUCGUGUAGGCUACAGAACAGUCUUCAGCUCUUAGCAACUUUGCACUGGGGCCCUGGGGUUUAUGGAAGCAAGCGAUCAAACAGUGCCUGCUGCCGGUAAUCCUGUACACGGCGAUGGUGUACCCCCCCACGCCGUCCUGGCUACAGGCCCGGCGGGUCCAGCGGGCCUUGUGCCUUUUCUUUUGGGGUGGGGGAAGACAAAGUGGCUAGGACAGAUAUAUAAGGAUGAGGGUUGGGGGGAUGGGGCCUCCCCAACAUAGAGACCUUUGUUUACGUGCAUUUUCUGAAGGUGGUGGUGAGGGAAGCAAGGGGAGCAGCGGGCAUGGUUACCAAUUUCUGUAGGUUUUGGGAGGGGAAGGCUCCUGAGAAGGCUGGGCCUGUUCGGGAGUGUGUGGCAGGGAGCGUGGGCUUGGCAGAUGUCGCUGCCCUACGCCUGACUUGGAGCCUUUGUUGCGAGUGAAGGCUUGGAGGGGUUAGGGAUCGAGGGGCUGGGGGAUGCCAGAAAGGUCCUCAAGUUUCUGAGAGGGAAGCAGAGGAUGUCAGAGGUUGGGGAAUUGAGACCGGAGCAAGUCAGUAGGGUGUGGAAGGACUGGUGGGGAAGGACUGGAAAGGGGAGCCUGAGGAGCUGGCAUGGAGGGGGGUGCGAAAUGGUCUGCCAGUGCGACAGGUGCUCUAUCGCUGGGGACUCUCUCGGUCCCCCCAGUGCCCAAGGGAGCUCUGCGAUGAGCCCGAGUCAGUGACACAUGUGCUGUGGGACUGCUCGUAUGCACAACGGGUGUAGGGGAAGGUGACUACCUAUUUGAAGGAUACGGGAAGGGGAACUGGGGUCACUUUCGAAAAUGUUUUCUACAGUUUAUCAGAGGGGAUGGAUGGGAUAUGGGGGGUGAGGGUCUUAAUCACCUGCACCAAAGUAUCCCUAUGGAAAGUACGCUCCUUGUUGGCUCUAAAGGGGUCGUGCUUCUCCACGACGGAGUGUCUGCAGUUAGCAAUGCACGAGCUGCACUUCCAUGGAGCCAGAGAAAGGAAUACGAAAGAAGGAGGGGAGGAAAAGUUCUGGCAAGGGCUGGACUUCAGGGUGUUGUUUCAGCCCCGCACAGGUAUAGGCUAAACUAAGAGUCAGCCUUUGUGGGUAGAAAAGGCUGGCGAGGGUUGCACAUGGGAUAGGGACAACAGAGGGGACCUGUAUUGCACACGGUGUUUUCUUCUUUUAUUUUCUGAAAAAGUACAGGAUGACUGACACGACAAGUGUAAUAUGUGCUUGAGAGACACUACUCAGGGAUGUUUGUAUAUACCGUGAAAAAAUGAGAUGACGAGCAAUAUGAUAUCAAUUACAAUGCGUUUAUUAUGUAAUGUUUGAAACCUUGUGUCGUACUACCUUUUGUGAUAUCCCUUGGGGCAUUCGCUCAAACUGAUAGAAUCCCAAGGGGCAAAUAACAGCAGUCUUCUCUUUGUCCUCUUCCUGCAGAGGUAUCCGGUAGUAGCCGCUGCGGAGGUCUACUAC